AUGGUUUUGACAUAUUUUUAUUUUUUAUACUCUAAAAAAGACUGACUUGCACAUGUGAGCAGGUAUAUAUAGGACACGUGAGAUCAAGCAAAUCUGAAGUGAUUCGCUAGUAAAUGCUACGAUUCGCACCGUGUAUUCACAGAUUGCUGAACGUUGAGCAGCUGAAAAUUUCCCUGACGAAUGACAGAUCGUUUGAUUCGUCGAUCAAGAGGAAACACGGCAGGAUGGUGAAAUAUCUGAAUCAGUCUGAAGCAAUCAAUGUCGAUAAAGAUCUGUUUGAGAGAUAUCGAUUUAGCGUGGACCAGCUAAUGGAAUUAGCUGGUCAGAGCUGCGCCAUCGCGAUUGCGAAAUCGUACUCGCUGUCGGAGAACUCGAACAAAGUACUGGUGUGUUGCGGACCAGGAAACAACGGUGGCGACGGUCUCGUCUGUGCGAGACACCUGAAGCAUUUCGGGUAUUCGCCGCAGAUUUAUUAUCCGAAAAGGCCAAGCAAUGUACUUUACGAAAGACUGCUGCAUCAAUGUGUCGAGAAUGACAUUCCCGUAUUAGAGAAUCAAUGUAUAGAGGAAGCAAGAGACGUCACAAUUUUACAAGAAUAUACAAUCAUAGUAGACGCUCUCCUUGGAUUCAGUUUCAAGCCACCAGUGAGAGAGCCAUUUGUUCACAUAAUUAAUUUGUUAAAGAGCACAACUGUACCUAUUUGUAGUAUAGACAUACCUUCAGGCUGGGAUGUUGAGAAUGGUCCACCGCAGGAAGGUGGUAUAAAACCGCAAAUGUUGAUAUCUUUGACAGCACCAAAGUUGUGUGCCUCCAAAUUUGAAGGAAGAUUUCAUUAUCUGGGAGGACGAUUUAUGCCUAAAAAGUUAGAAAUGCAAUAUAGUCUUGAUUUGCCUGAGUAUGUUGGUACAGAUCUUGUUAUUCGACUCCAAUAAUAAAAACUUGUGAUACAAACAUAAACUACAUUCAAGUACAUUACUCUGAAACUAGUCUUAUCCUGCUAAAUAUUUAAAAUAUGCCGAAAAUGUUAAUAUAUAAUACUCAAAUUCUAUUUCAUCAUUUAUGAUCAGAUUUACCCACACAGCAUAAAUAUUUAAAACAUUUAGAAACUCCUGAAAGAUAUCCUACUUGUUUCAAAUGUUUUUGGAAUGUCUAAGACAUUUGUCUAAAAACAUUUAUGAUCAGUUGUCUGAGUACAGAUUAUUCAUAAAAUUAUUCUUAGACAUCCUGUAUUCCAGAAUAAUGUUCUCUAAUGUAAUUUGAUACAUUUGUCUUUCUAUUAUUAUCGAUUAAUAAAACUGUAA